UUAACCUCGGUGUUCCUCUUGCAGCUGAACCUGGGUCUGAAAGCCCUGAAGAGGCAGAUGGACGAGGCGGAGGAGGAGAUUGACCGGCUGGAACACAGCAAGAAGAAGCUGCAGAGAGACCUGGAUGAACAGCAGGAGGCCAACGAGCAGCUCCAGAGCCAGCUCAAAUCCCUGCGCAGCGAGAUGAGGCGUAAGACCAACUCUGCUCCUCUGGAUGACGAUGAUGAUGAGGAUGACAUCAGCACGGACGGAGAGACCUACUUCCGCUCUUCAUCUGGCUAUAAACGCUCCUCUAGCCAAGACAACAUCCUAUCAACAUUCUCUUUGUGAAGCAACACAAUGAAGAGAAUGUUACUAAAAGUACAGAAGGACCAAGUGGACUGACUCCUAUUCAGAGAGACCACUUUCAGGUCACUAUGUGCUUUUGGAAAACUGGUCAAAUAGCAUAGUGAUGUGUGUUUGCUUUUCCUUUAACAGUACAUAGAUUGAGAGGGAAUGGUUAGAUAAUAGUUAUUGAUUAAUUGCAAUGUCUUGUAAAUUAUUGAUUAUAAUUUAGCAAUAGUUUAAUUAUCAGCACAAUUUCUAAGUUCGUAGUUAAUCAUUGCAUGUGUCUUCUUACAUCUUAUGAAUGAUCCAGCAAAGAGAUGUAAAGGGAAUCAAAUUAUUCACCUUGUAAUGCAAUCUAAAGGACAGCAUUCUGUAACCUCUUAUACCUUAUUGAAAUGUAUCAAUGUAUUAAUCCCACACUAGAUUUUAUAUCUUUAAUCAAAUAUGUUAAGCCGCUUAUCAAGUCUGAUAGCAACAAAUGUAAUUUGAAACAUUCAUUUUUGUAUUGUGCAUUAGAAUAUCAAUUCAAUUUUGUAAUGAAGUCAGGCAGAGUGUAAGGCCUUAAAUUGAUUUGAGGGAAAUAUUAGCUAUUUAUUUACUGUUGAAUAUAUAAAGAAAUGACUGAAUGAAGGGCAAUAUGUUUUUAGGGAAAUUUGUAAGAGGGAUUCUUCUUUAUACAGAUGCUUUUUUGUAUCUUUUUUUAAACCUGAAUAAGGAAUAGUAAUCCAUCCAUAAUGUUAGCGUGGUCUACAGAAUACAUCUCUGUUUUAUCACUUCUGUUUUCAGGCUUAUGACUCCUGACUUAUUGCAGUAUCCAGCCCUGCCUUUAUUAAAAUAAGAUACAGGAGAACUUUUAUAAAGACGGGUUAGAUCACCGUUCUCAAAUCAAGGUUCUACUGUGUAUUUUUAGUUGGGCUUUUCUACUAACUACCGGGACUGCUCUGUUACUCCUGAGAUUAUUGUUUAAAUCGUCAAUAGUCCAUUUUUUGCAUUAUAGUAACAAACACAUUCCUUACUUUUGUUUAAAGUGAUUCAUCUCUGUAUUUCAUAGAAAUAUGACUUUUACCAGAAACAUGUUACAAUGUGAGAAGAAGCUAUUUAUGUUUAUGGUAUAUCCUCCAAGAACUAAACAGUGUUAAUAUUGGACAUAUGAGUCAAUCUAAUGUAAAAUUAACAUUUAUUUUUUUGUUGACUACCUUUUGUAUUUGCUAUGUGCACCUGUGGGAGCAUAUUAUUAUGCUAUAUGACCAUACAGUCAGUACCUGUUAUAAGCAUCUGUUGUGCCUAUCUAUUAUCUGUUGGAGGGGACUGUCCUCUGUUAUGCAAGUUUAUAUGAUACGGGAGUUUAUACAGAUGAGCUGUAUUGACAAUCGAUAUGUUUUGCUACACUGUGAUGAUUUGCACUGUCCGUUGGAUUAUUUCUGAAGGCUUCCAAGGCUGUUGUUGCCGUAUGGAAUGAAGAAGAGGCCUUUGGCUGUGUGCCUCCUCCAGUCGUUUUGGAGUGGGGGGUUGAGAUGAAAUACUGCCGCUACCUCUCUGUAUGUACACAUCUGUACUUUGCUUAAAAACCCUGCUAAAAGGAAAUAAAUUUACCCAUAGUUAAUCUCA